AAUGCGAUCAAUACACACUGUUUAAUAUUGAGCAACACUUAAAAUGUGUAAAAUAUUUUAAAACAUAAAAGGGCAGUUCGUGUGGACUAUAUAAAAUAUUGAAAUAGAAUGGCUUCAAAACACAGGACAUCAUACAAAGACUCACUGUUAAAUGCCUCAGAUGAGAUACAUGACUUUUCCUGCUCUGUGUGUAAGGAUGACCAUCUCAACACCGAGGCUAAAUAUUUCUGUGGGAACUGCUCCAAAUAUUAUUGCGACAAGUGCCUGACAUUACAUGCAAAACUCCUCAAAGAACAUAUUGUGUUGGGUCGUAAGGAUGUGGACAAGUGGGUGGGGCAGGGAGACGCCCUGAUAACCUGUGACCUUCACCCUUCAAAGAUCUUGGAACUGCAUUGUGAAGACCACGCUGAAAUGUGCCGAAGCAUCAGUUUGAUAGCGGACUUAGCCAGUGGAAUACACAAGAUGGACGACUUUAAGCAACUUUCUGCCAAAGUAACUAAGGUAUUGGCAAGCCUUAACAAAAUCGUUGAGGCCAGAAAGAAUAACCAGAACACGCUGCAGGCUUCAGGCAAAUCUAUCCUGACUACGAUCGACAACCUAAGGAAGACACUGAACCAGUUGCUAGAUGAGAUUGAGAAAAAGACAGUGGAAGCAAUGGACAGUGUCAUGUCUGACCUGAAUGGGUCAAUACAGAUGGAUAUUGACCAGUGCGACAAUCUACAUGACCAGCUUAAGGCCUUACUGGACACAAUCCAGGCCCAGGGUGAAAACAACGAGUCCAUUUCCUACAUUGGGUACACAAAAGGCCAGGAAAAGAUUGCAGAGGUCAACAGCCUGCUUAAGCAGAUGUCGACCAGACCAGAGGCGACUAUCACAUUCCAGCCUGACACACAAGCUGAACAAUUACUGUCUAAACUAAAGACACUGGGAUACAUCCAGUGGUAUCCUUACAGACAGUUUCAAAAUAAUCCGGCUGGCGUGACAUCACCUAGAGAAGUCAAAAGUUGGUUUGAAAUAUCUCAAGUUUUUAAGGUACAAGGGACAGAAACAUUCAAUAUAAAAUUGAACGCAUAUAAAAGGCCCUGCAAUAUAACUGGUAUUACAGAACUUCCAGGAGGAAAGAUUGUUCUUGUAGACAAUUACAAUUGUGAGGCAAAGGUGCUAAACAGCAUGUACAAGGUCACAUCCCACUGUGAUCUACCGGAGUUUCCAUGGGACAUCUGCCACAUCUCAAAUGAAUUAGUGGCUGUAUCAGUAAGCUCUAAAUCUGGCAGAUAUGAAGUCCACUUCCUCACGAUGUCCUCUGACACAAUCGAGAUGACCAGUAUAUUAACAGUUGACCAUCCCUGUGUUUCCAUCCGGCACCACCAGGGUCAGCUGUAUGUAAGCUCCGAAAAUGCCCUGUACCUCUACACCACAGCUGGCAGACUGGUUAAAAAGAUAUACGAAUCCACAUCUAGGCAAUGCACAGUGAGCAGCUUUGCCUUGAGCACAUAUGGAAGUAAGAUCUACAUAGCUGACCCCAGCCGCAAUACAAUUGUCACUAUUGACAACACGGGCAACAUUCUGGCCACAUUGCAAGACCCUGACAUUAAGAUGCCUAGUUCUGCACACGUAAGUGAGUGUGGACAUGUGUUUGUGUGCGCAUAUGGCACAGACACUGUGUUGCAGAUUGACCAAGAAGGCAAACAGAAGCUUGCCACACUGGUCAAGAAGAGAGACGGCAUCCACGAGCCACAGACAGCCUGGUACAGCACCCGCACUAGUAGGCUUAUUGUGGGAGGAAAACAGGAUGACAUUCUGGUGGCAGAACUCCAGUAG